AUCUCUAAUAAGUCCUGUGCUGGAUCAGCUUCACUUGCAUUUGUGAAUAAGUUCUGUCCAGUAGUCAAAUAUGGGAAGUCUUAUAUGGCUCUUUCUAGUUCCAGGCUUCUUAAAAACGACAGCUCUACUAAUUUCUCAAUCCACUUUGCAGAAGGAUUUUUUACAGUCACUGAAACCUCAAGAUUUAUAUUAUUAUUUUGAUACUAUUUCUUCUAAAUCAGUGCCUCAGUUUGAGCUGGUGUGGGUGAAUUGCUCGAGGAAUGAGUCUUUCAGAGGGCUAUGGAGGUGCUCGUUUCAGACCCAGGGAGAGAGCUUUGAGCUGGGACAACACAGAGAUGAAUAUCCAGUGUCCUGUCCCUCCAGUCUGGAACUAGUCAUCAACUCAACAGUCAGUGUGGUGAAAAAGAGAGAGGAUAUGUGCUGUGAGCAGCUGAAAUUGCUGAGGCCAGCACACACCAGAACACUUCUGCCUGUCUGCCAUGGGAAACUGCAAGGAUUGAUUCAGUCUAAGGAGAGGAGGCUUUAUAUUCGCCCGAUGCUUCAAAAACACAUCGACCUCUGGAAGGACCUUACUGUAGAUUUACCCUCUGGUGAACCUCACCUUCUAUUAACCCAGACUUUACCUGUGAGGACACGUCUUAAACAGCCCAAGAGUCAGUUCAGGUUACGGAGAACACUUCUGGGGUCAGAAGUCAUACAUCUGGAGCUUGCAGUGGUAGUGGGUCCUGAUGUUUAUGAAAUUCAUAGACAAGACACUGAGAGAUACAUCCUCACCAAUCUCAACAUUGCCUCUGAGCUUUUGAGAGAUUUCACCCUUGGUGCAAAUAUAAGAGUUCAUUUGGUUCGUAUGGUCAUUCUGACAGAACCAGAGCCAGAGAUCCAGAUCUCGGAAAACAUCACCUCUUCUCUAAAAAGUGUUUGCGAGUGGGGUCAGAAGGUCAACCCUGGUGCUGACACUGACCCUUUACAUGCAGAUCUGCUGGUGUAUAUUACCAGGUUUGAUCUGGUGUUACCCAAUGGGAAUAAGCUUGUGAGAGGUGUAACUCAGUUGGGCGGAGUUUGUUCCACCCAAUGGAAUUGUGUAAUUACAGAGGACACAGGUUUUGAUCUCGGCAUCACCAUCGCACAUGAGAUUGGCCACAGUUUUGGCAUAAAUCAUGAUGGAAUAGAUAACACAUGCCGCUCUAGUGGGUUUAUGAUGGCAUCUGAUGGAGGUUAUAACAGUGUAGAUCUCACCUGGUCUCAGUGCAGCAGGGCUCAGUUCCACAACUUCUUCAGUGCAGGUAAGGUGGAGUGUGUGAAGGACGUGCCAGUGCUAGAUGGUACUGUGUCGGAUAUGAGGCCUGGUCUCUACUAUGGAGUGGAUGAUCAAUGCCGUAUUGCAUUUGGCAGUUCAGCUACUGCUUGCUCAUUCACUAAUGGUGAUAUGGCAACUUGUCGUGUUCUGUCCUGUCAUAUCAACCCACGUGACCGCAGUUCUUGUACUCGUCUCCUCGUUCCUCUUUUGGACGGGACGGAAUGUGGGCCCAGUCAGUGGUGUUUAAAGGGUCGGUGUGUGUCUCCUUCUAAACUGGGUUCCUCAGUUGUGGUUCACGGUUCCUGGUCUUCAUGGUCUGAAUUCUCUUCCUGCUCACGAACAUGUGGAGGAGGAAUCACUUACCGCAAGAGGCAGUGCAACAACCCCAGGCCAGCCUUUGGUGGUACCGUUUGUAAAGGACAAGACAAAGAAGCUGAAUUUUGUAAUGGACAGCCAUGUGAGAAGACUCAGCUGGAGUUUAUGGCUCAGCAGUGCUCAGCUACAGACCAGCAGCCUCUGUUAGUGUCUACAGACUCCAGCUCAGUCUACACCUGGAUCCCUGCUGUCAGCUACAGCUCAGGUGACACUCAAUGUAAACUGAUGUGUCGCUCACGUGAGCAGGACUUCAUGGUGAGUCGUGGGUCUCAGUUCAUUGAUGGGACACGGUGCGAAGCUGAUAAUUCUGCACCACGUGGCUCUAUUUCUGCUUGUCUGGGUGGGAAGUGCCAGCUUUUUGGCUGUGAUGGAGUAAUGCAUUCUGGGAAAGUGGAGGAUGUGUGUGGGGUUUGUGGGGGUAAUGGCUCCACCUGCCAAUUCAUAUCAAACAAUUAUUCAGGUGGAGAGGCCAGAGAGUACAUCACAUUUCUCUCCCUUCCCAUAAACGCCUCUCAAGUUCAUGUGAUUAACAGGAAGCCUGUUUUUACACAUCUUGCUGUGUUAUUAAACGACAAGUAUGUGGUAGCUGGAGAUGAAAGCCCAGCGUUAAACAUCACAUACCCCUCACCUUUGGAGAGGAGCUUCAUCACCUAUCACCUCUACCUUGCACCUGACCACCUGCCUCUCACUGAAGAGCUCAGUAUCUCUGGACCAGUCACAGACAAAAUCCACAUACAGGUAUACCGGAAAUAUGGCACAGAGUAUGGAGACCUCACCAGCCCAGACAUUUCAUACCAGUACUACUCUCCUCAUACUGUGUCUGUGGAGGGGGUUGCUAAGGGUAAAUGGUCCACUGUCAUGUCCCCCUGCUCAGUCACCUGUGGCACAGGAGUCCAGAGAAUCAGUCAGUACUGUGUGGAUGUGAGCACACACAAGCGCCUGGAAGAUGAGCUCUGUAGUUCAUCCCCUCCAACACCAGAUCUGCUACAGCCCUGCUUCCUUUCAGACUGCCCACCCAGCUGGGAGUUAGGUGAGUUUGGACCCUGCAGCGCUCCCUGUGAUGUGGGAGAGCGAGUGCGCUCUGUAACCUGUGUUCAGAAGCAGGGUACUGUAAAAGUGGAGCUGCCUGACAUAGAGUGUACACUUGACUCUAAACCCUCAACUGCUGAGACCUGCAACCCCCAAAUCUGUCCUGCCAGAUGGCAGGUGUCAGAGGCUGGUGAGUGCUCGGCUGUUUGUGGGCCUGGGGAGGCAAAGAGAACAGUGUUGUGUGUCCAGUCCCGUCAUGGAUCUGAUUCUGAGGUUGAUCACAGCCUUUGUUCUGAACCCAAACCCUCAGAACAUGUUCCCUGUGUGGUCGAUGUUUGUCCUGUUGGCUGGGAUACCCAAAAAGAGGCCCAGCUAACCCAUACAGAUUCCCGUAUUUUAAUGACCCGGUCCAGAAUGGUGCCGGUUUAUGUUUGGAGCCCUGUGAUUGGCCAAUGCUCGAAGACCUGUGGGAAAGGAUCUCAGCAGGUAUGGUUCUCCUGUGUGGAUCACCAAUCACGUCUAGAUGUCCCAGAGUUCCUUUGUGACAGUACCAGUAAACCAGAGCCAUACACCCAGCCCUGUAGCCAAUCACAGUGUCCCGUGACGUGGCGCUACAUACAGGGACAGUGCAGUGUGUCUUGUGGGGGAGGUGUAGUGAGAAGAGUGCUGUUCUGCUCCCAGAUGGUAAAAAGAGGAGAGGGGAACCUGGAAAUGGUAGUCCGAGACAGUGCCUGUCAGUCUUUACCCAGACCUGCAGAGGUAGUGGAGUGUAAUACUGAAGCCUGUCCUGCCAGAUGGCAGGUGGGUGAUCAGGGCUGGUGUUCAGUGUCUUGCGGGAUGGGUGUAGCUGUGAGGAUUGUCAAGUGUGUUCAGUAUCAAGGAGGUGCAGAGAGAGUGGUGGAGGAGAAAAGGUGUGAGUCUCAAAAGAAGCCUCCCAUCACAGUACCAUGCUUCACACAGGUGUGUUCUUUCAACUGGGACGUGCAUGAGUGGAGUGAGUGUUCAGUAUCAUGUGGUUAUGGGAUCCAGUCUCGGACUGUGUCCUGCAGGGGCCCAUCCAGUCCUUUUCCAGUUAGUCCUUUGCUUUGCCUCCAUUUGCCAAAACCUAUCACCAUCCAGGCCUGCUAUAGUCCUGACUGUUCCUCAGCCCAUACCUCUAACAGCACUUACACCCAGACAUCAGAGUCCCAUGGAGGGGAACAGACAUGGAGAGCCACGAGUUUGCUUAUGAGAACCACACCUUUUCCUGUGAGAGGGAUCAAGAUGAAGAAAAGUUUCUCCGGCACUGCACCAACAGUACAAGUGAUGGCAAGCACCAUGACCGUGCCAACAGAACCACCACAGACCAGUUUUUGUGGGCAACUCCUCCUUCAGGACUCGGGGACUAUCGAUUUGCGCAAUGUCACUCAGAGGAGGUGUAUAUUUGCUAUUGGUCGGCCUCUUGAUGAGGUUAUUCAAAUCAAAAUUGUAUCCAGCACUCUUAACUGUCAACAAAAGGACAAUAUUGCUUUGUAUGACAGACUCAUCCUGAUGCGUUUCUGUGAGAGGACGACUGGUAGAACGCUGACAUCACGGUCCAAUGUUUUAUUGGUGCGUCAAAGCCGUCUGACCCCUGGCAAUGGAGUGGUGAUAUUUUAUCAGAGCUUAAAGAACAAAAAAAGCCACCAUGGAGAGUGUGACGUUCAGCUGUUCUCUCCAUUUGGACUCAUUGAGAAUCUGAUCAAGAGCUCAGCCACCUCCCUCUCUAAAACGCAGAGCUGUCGCGUGUUUAUUGACGCUCCACCUGCUUUGAGGAUCCAAAUCAGAGCGCUGUCUGUGUACAACACCACUCAUACAGAGUCCACAUACAUACUGAUAAGGGAUGUGGAUGCCUUAAAGACGACCGUAUUCAGAGGGACUCAGCUCUUCCUGUGGAGCUCCUCAGGAAGCAGGGCUGAAGUGGAAUUCCAUGGAGAAUAUCAGCAAAUCAAGGGAAUGUUCAGAGCAGAGUAUUCAUAUAUUAACCCUUCUGAAGAGGAACCAGUGUAGUCUUGCUUCUAGUUUGUAAAGUGCCUCAAAGAUGUUUGGAGAGUAAAAAAAUCAGCCUAGUUAUUAUUUAGCCAGUAGCUCCACAGAAUGUUUUCAAUGUUGGGGUUUAUUAACUUUAUAUCAAAGAUAAAAUCUGAAGAAUACUGUCUUUGUUUGUCAUUUAAAAACAAAACAAAAUGCACAAGUUACUGUUUAUAUCUAAGUGCUUCUGUAUAUUUAUUUUAAUGAAAAUGAGUUUGUCUGUGUAAACUGACAAUUAUUUGUAAGUUUACAGCAGAUCAUAAAUCACAUACAAAAAUCAAUAAACAACUUGAUCUACAAAUCAUAAAAGUCCACAUAAA